GGAAUACUGGAAAAUGGGGAAGAGGUUGCUCUCAAGAAGCUCCAUAGAAUUGGGGCCCCAGAUGACGUUCAAUUUAUGAAUGAAUUUAAUAACCUUAUGAGGGCUCAACAUCCAAAUAUUACCCGGCUGGUUGGCUACUGCUAUGAUGUGAGACCUGAACGCGUCAAAUUCAAAGGUCAAUAUAUUAUGUCCUUGGUGGAAGAAAGAGUUCUCUGCUUCGAAUAUUUGCAGGGUGGAAGCCUUGACCAGCAUAUUUCUGAUGAAUCGUGCAUACUUGAUUGGCACACAUGUUUCAAAAUUAUCAAGGGAGUUUGCCUGGGUUUGAAUUACCUUCAUAAUGGGUCCAAAGAUCCUAUUUACCAUCUUGAUUUGAAGCCUGCUAAUAUAUUGUUGGACCAGAACAUGGUCCCAAAAAUUGGAGAUUUUGGUUUGUCAAGGCUCUUCCCUUCAGCACAAACCUGUAUUGUAAGCAAAAUUAUAGGAACACUUGGAUACAUGCCACCAGAAUAUAUUGAGAGAAAGGAAAUAACAUCAAAGUAUGAUGUAUUCAGUCUGGGUGUUAUCAUCAUACGGAUAAUAGCAGGACAUGAGGGCUACUCCAAAUGCGCACAUACGCCUUUGCAAGAAUUUCUUGAGCAUGUACAUGAAAACUGGGGAAAACGACUACAGACAACAAUGCCACCACAUACAUCAGAUCAAAUUCAAACAUGCAUCGAAAUAGCACUAAGAUGUGUGGAGGUUGAUCGUGAGAAAAGGCCAACUAUAGCCGAGAUUGUCGGUGAACUAAACAAGGUUGGUACUGAACAAAGUCCACUGCAGGGCAGGCAUAACCAAACAUCAUCCUCUGCAUAUGCAUCCUCUAAUUAGCAACUAGCUUCCUACUCAUC